GAAUGUCAACGUCAUUAAAUUUGCAGUUCGGAAAUUGUUGUUGUCUGUCCUAAACACUGCAAACUGUGCACGUUUGUCAAUUAGUUUGUCUAGAAUGUUUUAUUUUGAAGUGAAGUCAUCGCCAGCAUAAUAUAUACAUCAAGAUGUUUAUGUACUAAAUGAUAACACUAAUUGGCACAAACACAAGUUAUAGUUCAAACUUAAAUACCCUGAAAAACAUUUCAAUGGCUGUGGAAGGAGCUCGGCCUUAUAAAUUUACGGAUUACUGUCGUAAAAUAUCUGUAAAUUUACAAAAUUUUAAGAAAGAUGGUAGAUUUUGUGAUGUUGUUUUAAUAUCAGGAGAAAUCCAGAUAGAGGCACAUCGUGUAGUUCUAGCUGCUAGUUGUGCUUAUUUUGAUGCCAUGUUCAGUGUUGGGUUAGAGGAAAGUCAGAAAAAUCAUGUUUCACUGCCAAGUGUGCCACCUAAUAUUUUGCCAAUAAUUAUUGACUUCAUAUACUCAGGUGAAAUAUUGAUAGAUAAAAUAAAUGUACAACCACUGUUGAUUGCAGCUGAUAUGCUUCAACUCAAAGAACUAAUUGUUGGCUGUACUGAAUACUUGAAGGGUGAACUGCAUAACACAAAUGCUCUUGGAAUUUUUAGAUUUGCUGAAGCUCAUAAUUGUACUGAUUUGGCACAUGAAGCACUGGAACAUGCGCUAGGAAACUGGAAACACAUAGCCCAUGGAGAUGAAUUACUGGACUUACCAUUUCAACAUCUAAUAACAAUAUUAUCUUCAGAACAAUUAACUGUCGAUUCGGAAGCACAAGUCUUAUAUUCCGCUUUGAGAUGGCUGGAACACGAUCCCGCUGCCCGAAGACGUCACUGCUUCGAAGUGCUCGCGCACGUGAGGCUCCCUUUGAUCGCACCGCAUAUCUUAGACGAAGCCGUGAAAAGCCUACAAGACCCUUCUAUUGCGGUGGCUUUAAAAACUGCAGGAGUUGAUAUGAAGACAGGUCGGGGCGCGCUGGUGCCGCUGGGCGCGGAGCCGCGGGCGAAGGCUCGUCGCGUGAUGCUGGUGGUGGGCGGCAGCAGUCGGCACUCCGGCACGCACCCGCCCCUCGCGUCCGACGACAUACUCUCCUCCGUGCUUAAAUUCGAUCUACAUAAAAGAGAAUGGGAGGAACUAGCCCCGAUGGAAAUACCUCGAAUACAGCCCGGCGUGGUUACGUUGAACGGCUGCGUGUAUGCCGUUGGUGGCGAACAGGGCAGUAAGAUCUUAGCGAACGGCGAGGUCUACGAACCUCAAACCAACACAUGGUCAAGUAUAUCGCCGAUGAAAGAAGCUCGCUGUGAAUUCGGCCUCACCGCUUGGAAAGGCUGUCUGUACGCGUUCGGCGGCUGGGUGGGCUCGGAUAUGGGAGCUUCCGUUGAGGUGUACGAUCCGCUCUCCGAUGAGUGGACGAUAAUCGGGAAAAUGCCAGAACCGCGUUUCGGAAUGGGAGUUGUCAAUUAUCAAGGUAUAAUAUACAUAGUGGGAGGGUGUACUCCCACGUGGCGGUACACGCGCGACCUGCUCAGCUACAACCCGAGUACGGGCGCGUGGUGCUCCCUGGCCAACAUGAAGCACGCCCGCAACCAGGUCACGGCCGUGGUGCUCGACCACCACCUCUACGUCAUCGGCGGCAACGCGCCCGGCCCGACCGUCUUGUCUUCCGUCGAGAGAUACAGCUUCGAAAAUGAAUCGUGGGAGGAAGUGUCCCAGAUGCGGUCGGCGCGGGCGGGGUGCGCGGCGGGCGCGGCGCACGGCGUGCUGGUGGCGGCGGGCGGCAACAGCGAGCACUCCGCCGACCGCGCCUUCUACCGCGCGCUCGUCACGCUGGCGUCCGUCGAGGUGUACGAGCCGCGCGACAACUGCUGGCGCGAGGCAGCGCCGCUGCCGCACGGCCUGGCUGAGGCCGGCGCCGCGCUCCUCUGACCUCCGCUCAAACUCUUUGUUCCUAAUCUUCCGUUGCUCUGUUGCGACAGAGCCGCGCGUGUCUUGCGAUUACACAAAGGACUAUGUUUACAAUUUUUAAAUCGCUUAUGAUAUUUCUACUGAAGGAAUAUAUUCAUUCAGAAAUGGAGACGUUUGGUGCCGAAUAUUUAAGUUAAUGCACGCUAUUUAGAAAAGACUAACAAAUAAAAAUGAAUCCCGCGGACUUGAAAAAUAUUUAUUCAACGGUCAUUGCGAAUCUCAUUUGUAAGAUUAAAUGUUUGUGGGCUAAGAGAUUUAGUGUUUUGAGAAUAUUAAAAGCUCGAACGAUGUCGAUGGUCGGUUGGUCCAUUUAAAACUUAAUAUUAUGUAUAUCACAAAUUUCCAAAAAAAUAUCCUUCCCAAAAAUAUAAGUUAUCUGUUAUGAUAUUUAAGUAAGAAUGAUGCUGUUGGUAUAUUAUUGAAACAUUUUUUACUUUUCUUAAUAUCGUUUUGUCGUCGUGAGAGGGAACAAAUAUUUCUAUUUUUAUAAAGAAAUAUUUUGUUUAAACACUUAAUUAAAUAAUUUUAUAAGUUUAGUCCCUAAAAUUGAUUUUAAACGACAUUAUUAUUUUAAUUUAGUUAUUCACUGAUAGGCACAUGGAAACCACAUACAGUACAAAUUGAUGGGUUCUAACAAUAAAAUAAGAGCAGCACCAGGAUGCUUGAUCUUUAUUGAAUUUAGUUUUUCGUCCCUCAAAGUGGCCAAACGCCCCGUUUCAACUUACGACUUACCUAACCAAGAUAAUUGGAACUAUAUACUUUGAAACAUAAAAAUGAAGUAUCAAUUUCAUUGGUAAAUCGGUCUUUCAAAAUGAAACUCAGGGUUGCUUCGCUUACAUGUUCACAAUGUUAGUACAGUACUUAAAAUUUUAAUUAGAUGGUUAAGUUAAAUAUAUUUGUAUUCCGCUACUGCAGGCAGGUGAGCCGAAAUUGAGUAGUAGCUAGUAAAGACCGCGAUCGGGUGCCCGUUGUUCAUUUUUCUAAUUCUUAGAGAGACUAACGAUUAAUGUUAAAAUACUCUGGUAUGAACAAUCGUUUCCACCAUAACCACAUCAGCCGGCAAAUUGUCGGGAUGUAUGCUUUUUAAUUCUUUAUUGUUUAUGUCUUUUUUUUGUUAUGAACUGUUGAGUAUUUCUGACCUGAAUUUACAAAAAUGUAGUUCGGGUCCAAGGGUACGCCUAAAUAUCAGUGUAGCCAAAUGUUAAAAAAUGUAUGAAUUAAGCACUUCGAAAAAUAUGUAUUUUGUGCAAACUUUGCUUAUAUUGACAACUCUAUUAAAAGGCUUUCUAUUAAUUACAACAGUUAAUGUUUAAGUAGCAUUUUAACUUUGAAAAUUAAUAAUAAAAAUUUGAAAAGUGUCUUCAAAAAUAACACUUGAAUUUGUAGAUGAAGAACAUAAAGUCUUACUAUCGGACUUUAACCGCUAUUUCUGACACAAGUAUAAUCCAACGCGAUUUACCUACGUUAGAUCAUUUUAUUUCUAAAUUAGCUUUUAUUGACAUAGUAUUCAUAACUGUACUACAUAUAUCUAUUACUCAGCAAUAAUUCCUUCUCUGCCAUUCCUCUCACCUUACCUGAUCUCAAAUGGGUACAUAAUGACAUUCAAAAUGGAAUCAAAAAAGGAUUCGCAACAUUUUAUAAAACCCGGAAAGUUUUAUAAAAUCAUGCAACACUGUUUAUUCCAGAAAAAUGUGCCCGAGAGUUAUAGAAACUAUAGACAUUACCGUGGUGUCAAAAAUAUCUUCUAUAGAGAAAAAUGCGGAAACUGCAUUUUUCGAAUAACUCAUUUGACUGAUUUUUCUUUAAGUAACGCUUUCUGAAAUUGAAUGGUGGGUUGUCUGUAGUUAUAAAUCAUAAUUUUUUUUUAUAAUGUUGUUCGAAUAGCUAGGCUAGCGUUGCCCCAUUUUUUUAAAAGAAUGAAAUAUGGUCUCUGUAUGAUUUGUAACUACAGAGAAAGAAUUUGAAAGUAUUCGUAUUUAAAUAUAAUAAUAAUAUAAAAAUAAAAUUUUGCAACUUUUAUAUUAUAUACACAUAAAUAAUAUUUGAUAUAUAUAGAUGAUAUUGUUAAAGGUUUUUCAAGGAUUAAAUUGGGUGAUAUUACAAUAAUUAAAUGAUUUUCACAACAAA